CUCCAGCCUGAGUCUUCUUCAGGGUUUCUCCUCCCCGGUCGUCGUACGAGGCUCCGGCCUGGCGUCUACCCAUCCUCAGCUGCUGAAACCCGUUUGAGAAAUGUGUCACCCGUGUGCGGAGGAGGCGAGAGACACCAGCUUCAACAAAACAGAUAAACCAUCAUGAUUCCCAUCACAGAGCUCCGGUACUUCGCUGACACCCAGCCAGCGUACCGCAUCCUAAAGCCAUGGUGGGACGUUUUCACCGACUACAUCUCGAUCAUCAUGCUGAUGAUCGCGGUGUUCGGUGGGACGCUGCAGGUCACACAGGACAAGAUGAUCUGCCUGCCUUGCAAGUGGGUCGUCAACAAGUCAUGCGAGAACAUGCCCGUCCCGAACCUGACCAUCCCAUACGCGCCGGAACCCAAAGGCAUUCAGUAUGACCUCGACCGGCAUCAGUAUAAUUACGUAGAUGCCGUCUGCUACGAGAACAAACUCCACUGGUUUGCUAAAUAUUUCCCCUAUCUGGUGCUACUCCACACCCUCAUCUUCUUAGCAUGCAGCAACUUCUGGUUCAAGUUCCCCCGCACGAGCUCGAAACUGGAACACUUUGUCUCCAUCCUCCUCAAGUGCUUUGACUCCCCGUGGACAACAAGGGCUUUGUCUGAGACGGUGGUGGAGGAGAGCGACCCCAAGCCUCUGGGGAAAAUGAACGGUUCGAUGGACAAGAAGGCGUCCAGCGUUAGCGAGGACGUCGAGGCUAGCGUGCCCAUGCUCCAGCGGACAAAGUCCAGGAUCGAACAAGGGAUUGUGGACCGCUCCGAAACCGGGGUUUUAGAUAAAAAGGAGGGAGAGCAGGCUAAGGCCCUUUUUGAGAAGGUGAAGAAGUUCAGGAUCCACGUAGAGGAGGGCGACAUAGUGUACCGGCUUUAUAUACGUCAGACUAUCAUCAAGGUGAUCAAGUUUAUACUAAUUAUUAGCUACACGGCCUACUAUGUAAGGUACAUCAGGUUCAGUGUAGUGUGCACAGUGAACAUUCAGAAACUAACGGGCUACAGCAUGUUCUACUGUGCCCACCCUUUGGCAACACUUUUUAAGAUUUUGGCCUGUUUCUACAUUAGCUUAGUGAUAGUUUACGGUCUAAUCUGCAUGUACACGCUUUGUUGGAUGCUCAGCCGAUCCCUCAAGCGAUACUCGUUCGAAUCCAUACGCGAAGAAAGCAGCUAUAGUGACAUCCCCGACGUGAAGAACGACUUUGCCUUCAUGCUACACAUGAUAGAUCAGUAUGACCCCCUCUACUCCAAGCGCUUCGCCGUAUUCCUGUCGGAGGUGAGCGAGAACAAGCUGAGGCAGCUGAACCUGAACAACGAGUGGACGUUGGAGAAGCUGAGGCAGCGCAUCACCAAGAACUCCCAGGAGAAGCUGGAGCUGCACCUCUUCAUGCUCAGUGGCAUCCCAGACACGGUGUUUGAUCUGGUGGAGCUGGAGGUGCUCAAGCUGGAGCUCAUCCCAGAUGUGACCAUCCCCCCAAUCAUCGCCCAGCUGUCCACCCUGAGGGAGAUGUGGCUCUAUCACACGCCCGCUAAAAUCGAGGCUCCGGCUCUGGCUUUCCUCAGGGAGAACCUCAAGUCUCUCCACAUCAAGUUCACCGACAUCAAGGAGAUCCCGCUGUGGAUCUACAGCCUGAAGAACCUCAGCGAGCUGCACCUGACUGGGAAUUUGAGCGCCGAGAACAAUCGCUACAUCGUCAUCGACGGGCUGAGAGAGCUCAAGAGCCUCAAAGUGCUGCGUCUGAAGAGCAACCUGACCAAGCUCCCGCAGGUGGUGACGGACGUGGGGGUCCACCUCCAGAAGCUCUCCAUCAACAACGAGGGCACCAAGCUGAUGGUCCUCAACAGCCUGAAGAAAAUGGUCAACCUGACGGAGCUCGAGCUCGUCCGCUGCGACCUCGAACGGAUUCCGCACUCCAUCUUCAGCUUGCACAACCUGCAGGAGAUCGACCUGAAGGACAACAAUCUGAAGACGAUCGAGGAGAUCAUCAGCUUCCAGCACCUGCACCGCCUCGUGUGCCUGAAGCUGUGGUACAACCAGAUCGCCUACAUCCCCAUUCAGAUCGGAACGCUCACCAACCUGGAGAGGCUGUACCUGAACAGGAACAAGAUCGAGAAAAUCCCCAGCCAGCUCUUCUUCUGCCGCAAGCUGCGCUUCUUAGACCUGAGCCACAACAACCUGACCAGCAUCCACCCCGACGUGGGCUUCCUCCAGAACCUGCAGUACUUUGCCGUGACAGCAAACAGGAUUGAAACUUUGCCUCCGGAGCUGUUCCAGUGCAGGAAGCUGCGCACCCUGAACCUGGGGAACAACUGCCUGCAGACGCUGCCGUCGCGCUUCGGGGAGCUCACCGGCCUGACCCAGCUGGAGCUGAGAGGGAACCGCCUGGAGUGUCUCCCGGUGGAGCUGGGCGAGUGCCGGCUGCUGAAGAGGAGCGGCGUGGUGGUGGAGGAGGACCUGUUCAACACGCUGCCGUCGGAAGUCAAGGAGCAGCUCUGGAGGGCCGACAAGGAACAAGCUUGAGGGAAGGAAUUUCAACGGGCGGGCGGCGAACUUCGACUGAGGUGCAGCAGCGCUUUCGCGACGCGGGCACAGAACAUUUAGUUGUUUGUACAGUGAGCAGGGCUUCCGAGACAGGGUUGUCAAAUUCCAAGACCUCCAAGGAUUGCUUUUUUUUUUUUUUUUUUUUUAAAAAGAAGAAAAAAAUUAGUCUCAUAAUCGAGCUCGACGAUGAGACUUCACUAAUGUGGCUUUUCUUGAGUUUCAUCCUCGGGAGGCGUUAGUUUGCAGGCAGGUGAAUAUGCAUGCCACAAUAGGAUAUUUCCAACAUGUUUAUUAGAGAGCCGAAACAAAAAAACAAACGAACAUAUGAAAUAACUUUGCACGAUUCAGCCUUGCCAGUGAGCACUACUUUGCUGACCACAGGAUACUUGCACAAGUCGCUCAGAGCAGCGUUUGCCUGACCUUCUUCUGGCCUUUUCCACUUCUACCUUUGAAAUUUUUACAGUUCCAUUUAUCGCGGCGUGGCUCACAACACAGGCAGAUGCUAUUAAGUCAAUUAUAGUACAACCGAUCGCCAGUUUGUUGAGGCAUGAACGUUUUGUUUUUUUGUUUUGUUUUCACUUUACCUGCUGGGAGGCACGUUUUUAAAACUAAAGGAUGAUGGAGACGAACGAACCGUCGAACAGAUCUCACAGCUUAGGCCUUAACCCAGCAGACUGAGGGGAACGACUUCAAGGAAAAAGAAGGCUGUCAAAUAUUAGAUGGGAACAAACUCGACAGUACAUUGUACUCAACACCCUGCAGUUGUUAAUUUGUAACACCGGCAGCCUGUGCGGCAGGCUGUUUGUUAACUGCGUGGGGGAGCUUUUCUUUUUCAGACUCUCCGUUCUCCUUCACCGUCGUUAUUUAGGCGUGUCACACGGGCUUUAUUUCAAUAUCAUCUCACGCAUUACGGACGGUUCUCAUUGAGCUGUGUGGCUUUGAAGGGUCAAAUUUUACAGUGCGAUCACACACUGAAAUCAUGUCCUGGACUUUGGCUGAAUUGUGAUUUUCAGCGUUCACGUGAUCGCGGUUCAGCGAGAUUGUUUUGUUUAAUUAUUAUUAUUGUCUGGCGACGUAUACCUGUCGUGAGAUAUCUUAAGUGACCUUUGUUGAAUUCAGUGCUAACAUAUUUUGCUUUUCGCUCACUAGAUUGUAUUCACGCUUGCGUGUCCCACGUAGCUGCGUUAAAUCUAAACUCACGGUCACAUUUCUGGGUCUUAGAAUUUAAAUAUAAGCAAGCUUGCACAGUGCUAAAGAAAGAACGGUUAGAAGAUAAACACUACCACAAUCAAGGUACAGUUAAUACUAAAUCUGAUUUUAAAUUAUAUUGUGAGAACUUAGGUGGUUGUUACCACUCAAGUGGAUGAAAUGCAGACAUGAAACCGGUACUCUUGGUCCUGAAAGAAAAAAAAAAAGAAAAAGUAUUGAUCCAAGUGCCCAGCUGUUUGUACACUAGCCCUCACAGUAUAUUUAUUUAUCAUGCUCGGUUUACUCCAGGAGGAAGUGGACAUUUGUCAGCUGCGUGCACAUCUUUUCAAGAGGCUGAUUAGGACAAACAGGAAGUUACAGAGUGAAGGAAACUGGUUUCAAACUACUUGCACAAAAGAAAAACAUUUAUUUCUCAAGAGAGAAUAUGUGGUUUCCACCGUCCAGGGUUCAGAUUGGAGCAACGUGCUUUGUCUGCUUGAAACACUUUUCUUGUUAAGACCUUGGAUUUAAUAGCAUCAUUUGGAGUAAAUCUGCUAUGUUUACUCCAGAAAGGGAUCUCUUGUUGCUAAUAUGGCCUUAGCUUUUACAAGCCGUAUACCUUGUUAACGAUCACAAACAUCAUAGACAUGGCUUGUGUGUUUAUUUUUUUCUUUUUUCUUUUUCUUUUUUUUUUUUCUCGUGCUGUAAAAUGUAUAGCUGAGAUGUUGUUUUGCGCGUACCGGCCGCGCAACAUGUGUUUCUUUUUUAUUCUAGCUUUUUAAGAGAUUUAAAGGAAGUUUCAGUGCAACGAUACAGUUGCACCUUUUGUCGAUGGUGAAUUUUUGUUUCACUGAGGCCUUGGAUAAAUCCAAAAGCCCUUCUAGGGGUCACUAGUAAAGUGUUCCCGCAGUUUUAAAGAGCAAAGGAAAAGGAAGCCUCAGUCUUGAAUGUGUUGACGAGCGUCGAGUUGAUAGAAAGGAGGGGGAAGGCACUAAUUCCAGCAUGUAUAAAAUGUGUAAACAUGAUAGUUUGUUGUUAGUCCAAUUUUAAAUGGUGCCAAGUAACAUAAGUGAACAUAAGUUUUGCUUUGGGGUCAUAGUUGUCCAGUUGGAUAGCAAAUAAUUUAGGUAGUGGCACAUAAAAGGUGGAGUAAGCCAUUCUAAUCGAUACACUUGAUGUCAGAUUUAACUCCUCAUAGUCUGUUAGCUGUAGAAAAAACAAAUAAAAUGAUCUGGUGUGUGAAAAAGGGAAAGAUUCACUCAAGUUGCAAGGAACACACUCGCUCCAAACAGCCAUAGGAAGUACUCAGGCGACACUAAGAUAUCAGGUAUCAAGGAAAAACUUCCUUCAUACCCUAAGGGCAGAGGUCCCAAAACUAAUGGAGAGAGUAAGUAGGGACCCCUCUACCUACUAUAUGUGUUUAUACAUUAUUAUUAUCAUAAUAUAACUAAACUGUGUUGGAUCCAUGUUGAUGUUUAUUUAAAGAAAUGUAAAUUCUUGGGGGGAAAUUAAAAAAAAAACAAAAAAUAUAUAUCUAAAAAAUGUCUAAUCAACCAAAGAUUUUGCGACCUCCCCUGCAGUACCUCCAUGGACCCCUAGGGGUCGCAGACCCCCUGUCGAGGACCCGUGAUCAAGGGUUAGGGAUUCAUGGGGGCCGGGUCUGCUUGAGGAGGAGCAGCACAUAGUGAUAAAUAAUGGAAAGAACCAGACUUUAAAGUAUUUAUAGUCGAAAAAACAACACAGUGGUGCAUCUAUCUCCCUUCUCAGGCAUCCAGGUCAUGGUAUAUCCAAAAAAAACAAAAAAAACAAGCUCUUAUCUGGUUAUUGACAGACCCUAUUCUUCUUCUGCAUUUACUCUUUCUGCCAGGUCUAAAAAUCUAUCCAGUCAGUUUGUUAUGAGUGGCCUGAGAGUUAAAAUUUGCCAUUCAACGAGCCAUAUCAAAUUUGUCAAAUUUGUGACAUAGAUCAUUUGUUAUGAAAAUAAGCCCCGCCCGUGUCACCUGUCUGUACACGGCUUCAGACCGCCCCCCUCCUUCCCUUGUACACAGGUAGCAAAGAGGCAUUUCGUUUUUUGAAAGCUGCACGUUGCCGUGCUCUACCAAUAGUAUCCGAGGCAACGCUGCUAAAGGGGCGGAGUUACAGGAGCUAAUUCUCAGGGGGGGAGGGGCAUCGCACCAAUACGACACGUGCUCAUAAAGUCGCCGUCAUGAGAAGAAACAAGAGCACUGACGCUGAAAAACCAAAGUUCGCUCGUUUGGUCGGAUGGCUCGCUCCACCUUUAAACCGCCCAGAUACGUAGAUGCUGUUGUGCUGCAGCCGAAGACAGAUAACAGGCAGGAACUGUGGGGCAACUUUCACUCCAGAGUAAAUCUGAUAGCGUGACACGGCGCUUUUUUUUUUUUUUUUUUUUUUAUUUAGUGGUGCAGUGCAGUUGUUGCCAGUGCUGCUCCCAAGUCUCGCAGUGCAAAGCAGCGUGUCAAAUCAGGAUGCUCACGCCAGUUUAUCGUGUAAUGUUUUGGCCUUAACAUGCUGGUCAUGUCACUAGAGGUUGGACUGUCGCGUAUUAUACUUUGUUCUUAUCUCAUAAAGAGGAGCUCUGGCCAAUGUCUAACCCUUGAAGAGAGAACGUGCCAUAGAGAUCUUUCUCAGGGUGUCACUGAGAAUUAGAUGCCACCUUAUUAGAGUAGAUGGAAUUUGCCAAAAUUAAUAUAUAUAUAUAUAUAUAUAUAUAUAUAUGGAUUUAUAAAUAUGUGCACAUCUGAUGAUUGGGGCUAGCUGUAGGAGGACGUGCACGAAUGUUGUGGCCAGAAGCCGUGACUCAGCAGCUUCCCAGCAGUCUUCCAGUGUCACUUCCCUCCCUUUUCCUGCGUGUCAGCGUUAGCGAAUCGGUCGAAGGUCUGGGAUGAGGUCAGUCGGACGUUCGGGGGGGAAAAACCAAAUAGAGGAAGUUUUAGUGACUAACACGCGCUCCCUGAUUAGAUGAACUGUUUUAUUCACUUAGCGUCGCGUCAUAAAAACAUCCCAGUGAGUCGGCAAAUUUCAGAAGUCUUUUUGCCUUUCUUUUCGUUCACCUGAAAAGCUUUUUCUUGUUUGUACAUUCGUGUACGCCUUAAGUAGUGUUGUUUAUCAGAAGCAUGAUUUUAUUUUAUUUUUUUAUUUUUUUAAUUUAGCAGUGGUUUUAUUUGGAGGAUUUUACAGCUGCUGAUUAUGAAACAGAACUGAAUUUCACAACUCAACAGAAACAACUUGACAAUCUGUAAACGGAGGUGGGCAUUGUGUUCAACAGCCUGUUAAUACCUGUAAUGUUUGUGUAGAGUGUACAUUUUUCAACAUUUUUUUUUUAUUUCAAACCCUCCAAAAUUGAAUUAUUCUUAAACUGCCAUGAUUUCAUUGACAUUUAUUCUCCAUACUGAUGUAUAAAAGUUUUCUUCUGUUUGUUUUGUUUAAAUACAUGAUUGUAUUUACUAUGUACAAUGAACUCCUCUCUGUAUUCCGAAGCCUGUAGAUCAGGGAUAUAUGGGGGGAAAAAAACAAAAAAACUUUCUGGGUGUCAUAUCCAUUCUGGUUUUGAAGCAUGAGUUUGUCGAAGCUAUGUGCGUUAUUAUAGCCAUACUGACAGCCACCUGUGUAACCCCUAGCAACAAUCAUGUCGAGCAUAAACUGUUAAGCUGGACGGAGAGACUCGUUUCUAAUCAGCGCCGUCUGCAUCUCACGUGACAACAAGGCCUUUUAUUAAUUAACUCGUCGCCAGGUGGACUGAGCACUGGCUUUUUAAGCGGGGCGUCUGUAACAAUGGACAAGUGAACUUUGAUUUCUUAACAGUUCAGACGCUACUUUUGUACCAUUACGACACGUGAUAAUAAAAUUAACAUUAAAUCCUG